AUGUUCUCUGCCAUGCUGAUGGACGCCUACCGCGACGAACGCCCCGGGAUCCGCAUCGCCUACAGGACGGACGGUCACCUCCUGAAUCAACGGCGGAUGCACUUCCAAUCGCGCGUAUCCACAACAACCGUUCACGAACUCCUCUUCGCCGACCACUGCGCCCUGAACACCACCUCGGAAGAGGAGAUGCAACGGAGCAUGGACCUAUUCUCCGCCGCCUGCGAGAACUUCGGUCUGGUCAUUAACACGCAGAAGACGGUGGUGAUGCGCCAACCGCCACCCAGCUCAGCCACAGCCCCCAACGCGCCGCCGCAAAUCAGCGUGAACGGAACCCAACUGCAGGUGGUGAACUUCCCGUACCUGGGCAGUACUCUCUCCCGCAACACCAAGACCGACGACGAAGUCGCCAACAGGAUCUCGAAAGCCAGUCAGGCCUUCGGUCGCCUCCAAAGCACAGUUUGGAAUCGCCACGGUCUUUAG